GAGAGAGAGAGAGAGGUAGAAAGAAAUAGUGUGAGAGAAAGAGAGUGAGUGAUCGGGAGGGACGGGAGAGGAAGUGGAAGAGUGUGUAGCUGGCGGGGCCAGGAGGUGGUCCUGGAGAAGCUCGACGAGGGAGCGAGAAUGGGCAGGAAGAAGGCACCGUAGGGACGCGGUGGCAUCAUCGACAGCGGCAGCGGCAGCACAACAGCAGCCGAAGAGGUUCAUUCAUGUGACGCGGUGCGCGUCGCCGGGCCUCGUCCCCACUUGAGGGCGCGCAUGCGGUGGCCGCGAGGCGACUCUCGAUGGCACCACGCCGCCGAGACACGAGACUGAGGGCCAGCCGAGGACCCUGUUGCGGAUGACCAGCCGGAUUUAUGGCGGCUCGGGUGCUCUUGCUCAGCAUCUUGUUUACUGAAGUCUUCUGGCCCGUCUGUCCCGCAGGUGUCCGAGUAAAUGGCGUUGGCGCAAGGAACGGCUCGAAGUCGGAGGGCCUGGAGGUGGGCUCGGCGCGGGCGGCCUUGCAGCUCGAGGUCAGGCCACGGGGCGAGGUCGUCCUGGGGAGGAGAGGCGUCACGCUCAGCUGCACGGGGCCCGGAGCUCACGGCAAGCUCACCUGGCUCCACAACGACAAGGCCGCGCCGCCCUGCGGAACCACCCGCUGCAGCCUAGUGCACAACGGAUCGCUGCGCCUCUACAAGAAGAGCUCGAUAAUGCAGAAACGAAAGGGUAGAGAAGGAAAUGGUACUCAGAGCACGAGGAGUACUCAAAGGAACGAGUAUCGCUGCGUAUCGCAUACCUCCUAUGGAGUAUCUUUGCGAUCGUCGCCGACCAAUAUACUUUAUGCCGAGCUCUCCCACGCUUUUAAAGAAUCGCCAGAAGAUUUAACAGUUCACGAAGGAGAAGUGUCGAAGCUAUCCUGCUUUAUUGACAGCGUACCAUUUCCGCCUAAUAUUACUUGGUUACACAAUGGAGAAAUCAUUGGAACUGAUAAUAAUAAAACAAAAUAUGCAUUUAUAGUACCCGGUCUUCUUUAUAUAAGUGAAACGAAUCUCGCUGAUGCUGGUUCAUACAGAUGUGUUGCGGCCAAUGACUAUUUAAAUGUGGUUAAGAAGAGUAGAGAGGCUAAAUUAACCGUAAUUUCGAAGAACGAUAGCAAGGAAUCGCACAAUCCAGUCUCGUUGUUCCCUCAAUCUUCUUAUAGGCACUCUCCAUUAAACGGUACCGAUCUCCGUCUUGCUUGCGCUGCUUCCGGCUAUCCCACCCCGAUGACUACGUGGACUUUUGUCCCACAGUAUGCCGAUAUCGAAGCAGCGAAACCUCAAUGUCUUGUCAAUUCCAGUCUAGGCUUAGCUAUUCUUGAAUUAAACAAUAUUUCAACAUUAAAUGCGGGUGUCUAUAUUUGUUCCAUGAAAAAUUUGACAAACAACAGCACCGAAUUGCAGAACGUAACCGUAGAGGUACUCGUUCCGCCAUCGUUCAUUAAAAAACCAUCUAAUCAAAUUUGUCCAAAUGGAAGAACAGCCCGAUUCGAAUGUCAAGCCCAAGGAUUUCCAGUACCACGUAUUUACUGGCUUAGGAAUUCCGAGGAUAUUGCUAUUAAUGGACGUAAGACGAUAUACGUGAAGGAAUUCAAUAAGAUGGAGCUGGCGAUCUCCGCGACAGUCCCAUCGGAUUCUGGAAUCUACCAAUGCGUAGCGGUGAAUGCUGCAGGUGAGAUUUGGGCUGCUGGUCGGCUGCAAGUGAAUACAUCUCGCAACAGUCCCGCUGCGCCAACUUCGCUUAAGUGUGAAGCUCGGUCGCCCAUAAAAAUGUUUAUCUCGUGGGAGCCGCCAAACUUCUUACCAUUUACCAAUAUCACUGCGUAUACCGUGCAUUAUAGACCCGUUGAGGGUGGCAAGGAGGAAGUUUCACCACCUGAACCUGGCAAUUCCACAUCCGUUGAAGUUACAAAACUUUUAGAACCAUUUACAAAUUACACCUUUUAUGUACGUCUAUGGAAUAACCAUGGUGCAAGCGAUCAGUCUGCUACUAUCACUUGCUCUACAAAUGCAAGUGUUCCAAAAACUGCUCCGAAGAUUUCUAUAAAUGUGAUUAGUAGCACAAGGUUGAAUGUGACGUGGAAACCUUUGGAUAGAAAAGAGGCUCAAGGAAUUGUAACGGAAUAUAAACUUGAAUGGAGACUUUUCCAACAUCCAUCAGUACGCGUACGGACUUUGUCGGCUGACGUUGAGCAAUUUAUUCUAUCAGAUUUAAUACCUGGUGAGCAGUAUGAUCUUCGUGUACUUGCAAGAACUAGUCUUGGUUGGCCAAACGUUACCGAGUCACAACUCGGUUGGGUAACAACCACGAUGCCAUCGUCCAACGACUUUACACAAAUUCAAAUUUUAAUUCUUAACUCUACUACUAUCAUGGUGAAAUGGAAUAUUAGAACUAGUUCGAUCAUUCAAUUUACGUCUUGGAAAAUUUAUUGCAAAAACGAAGAUGGAAUAACAAUUGUGUCCGUUGAUUUGACAAAGAAUUCGACUGAAUAUAUAUUAACCAAUCUUGUUCCCAAUGCUCCUUAUACCAUCGAAUUAUGUGCUCUUAGUAAUGGAGAAAAAGUCCACUGUAUUACAAAACGCAUCGAUUUAAAGAAAAUUUCGACGAGUCUAGUGCCUACGGCAUUAGAAGCUAUUCCAACAUCUUCGAGUUCAAUAAGAUUGUCGUGGCUCUCAGGUACACCAAAUGAAACCAAUUCGUUCGAAGUUUGUUAUCAUCUAGUGCAUUUUUCAAACGAGUCUUCAAUUUGUAUUCCAGUAAACUCAACGCAAGUUAUGAUCACGAAUUUGAAGUCAUUUAAGCUUUAUCAAUUUAAAGUAAAAGCAUUAAAUAAGAACAGUGAUCAUAAUCCUUACAGCGAGACUAUAGAAUGUUAUACAAACGAAGACGUUCCAGGCAAGGUUGAAGAUAUCGAAUGGUUUUUGGAAAAUGGCACGAAAGUACGCGUCGCAUGGAAAGAACCAAACAAAAUUAACGGUGUCAUUCAAAGUUACUUUCUUGCUUAUUCAAUGGACAGAUCUGAACCCAGAUCAUGUUGGAAUAAUAUAACUGUUUACGGGAACAAAACGUCUGCGAAUCUGCCGGGUUUGGUAGCUGGAAAACGAUACUUCGUUAUUAUCCAAGCAGCGACAAAAGCUGGCUUCGGCAAUCCUUCCGAACCGAUUAUCAUUUUAACUGGUGGUGGGGCUUCUGAAUCGCCUAGUUCAUUAGAUGAACAAAAACCAUUGCCGAAAACAAAAGAAGAUAAAAAACUUGGUAUUAUUCUGGGAAUAGGCAUCAGCUUGAUUUGCAUUGUCGUAUGCCUUUGUAGUAUGUACUGCCGAAGAAAAUAUGAAAGUUUAAGGUCACUUCGAGAGAGCGCACAGCCACUGAAAAGCCGUAUUCUGACGAGGAAUGGCAAUAGCUGCUGCGUCGAUAGAUCCUCCACUUCCGUUAGUCAGCCUGCCGUAACGAGCAAUGAAAUCGAACUGGCAGUGCUUUGUCCUCCUACUCCAAUUUCAACUAAUCCGCUCUGUGAUACUAAAGGUGGACAUGCCAAUGGUAUCGUAGAAUCGUGUGCAAAAGAACCGCUUUUGGGGCCUUGGGAAAUGAACGGAAUAAGGAAGGACCUUCGUAUUACGGAAAAUCCACAGUACAAGCCGCGGGACAGCGAUGACUCGAGGAUAUCGCAGGAACAGCUGGAGCCACCGAACCUGGACAUCACGCAGCUGACAACCGUCAAUUAUGAUAUGGACGACAGUAACGAGAGCAUGAACAAUAAUAUGGGCUGCUGUACGGCUGAUGGAAUAACCGAGCCCAUUUCUCAAAAAGCCGCGCCCAUGCUCGUUCCGAUGCUCGGACCGAAUGGUUGAAACGUGAUAUCCCGUUUAUUGGAGAAUGGCAUGCUCGUGCCCAACGACCCU